AUACUCGGCCAGUCUGCCCAGAUGGGUGGGCCUUUACCAGCAGAGCAGCAGGGUUCCCUCCCUUCCGCAUUUAUAAUCAUCAGGCUGCUGAUACUUUCUAGCAGGAAAGUUUCUAUGUAAAACCAGGAUCAUCUCUCUCAAAAGAUCUAUGAUUUCUUAAGCCUGGAAAAUAUUGCUGCGAGUUUAAGCAAAGGAAAAUGGGGAAAGUGAACGUCUGUGUGAAAUGGAGUUACAUUGUCGUGACAAGUUUGAUUGGGAUCAUCAGUGCCCUGCUGUUGGCAGGCACUCUGUUUAGCCAUGGAUACUUCCAUGAGGAUGAAGAGAUAGACAAGAUGCUUGCAGGUAUACAUUUGAUGUAUGCUAUUUCCGUCAUAACCCUGCUCUUGCCCAUCAUUGGUGUGUAUGGCACCUGCAAAGAGAAGAAAUGGGCACUUAUUGUGUUUACAGUUGGAAUGAUCCCGUGCACUCUGUUCAUGUUUGAUUUUGAAAGGCGAGGACUGGCUAUGCGACCAAAGGUAGCUGAGGAUAUGAAGGAGCAUUACCUGAGUUUGCUGCCGCUGAGUAACGCCAGUGAGCAUGAAAUAGAAGGCCUCAAAGAUGUACAGAUGGAAUUGCAGUGUUGUGGACUGGAUCAAGGCUACCAGGACUGGGGCUACAACAUCUCAGAAUCCUGCCUGUGCCUCCAAGACUCCACAAAUCCAUGUGUGGAAGCUCCUAAGAACAGCAGUCUGUCUCAUCGGAAGCAUGACCAGCCCAUCAUGAUUUAUAAAGAGCCAUGCCUUCCAUACUUGAUCUCACAUGCUUCAAUGGCCAUAAAUUUGGUAAUGGGUACAGUAUUGGGACUCACAUUAAUCUGGACAUUGUCAGUAGUGCUCUGUAUUAUCAUCCUGUGCCAGCUGAGACGGAAUAAAGACACCCCUCCAGUGGUCUACAGUGCAGAGGCAAAAAGUGGCAAUUACACCGUCCUCACAGAGACUGCAGAAUACACCUGAAUUUUUAAUUUUUUUUAUUUUUGGUUGCUCUUCACUAUGGUGAAGGUCACCAUGUCUAGAAGAGUUAAAGCCACCCCUCUAAUCAAAAAUGUGUUUUGCCUCACUGUGCAGAAUGAUGUAUGUGCAGAGUUUGACACUAGCAGAUGGUCCUUAAAUCUGAGUUUGAUACAUGUAUGUAUGUAUGAGAUGAUAUUGUGACGUCACAACUAGUUUGGAAAACAAUCGUGGUCCAGUUUGCAACUUCCACAAGUGUGAUGUGGAAACUUGAAACCUCCAGUGCUGAGAAUAGACUUUUCAGUAAAUUACGAGACAUCUUGUGUCAAGAAGGUUGAAAUGAAAGCUAUUUUCCAUAUUCAUAGAUUAUGUAUUUUUCAGUGAGGACAAAGGAGUACAUGUCAUUUUAAGAAUGUUCAACACCAUAGUUGUAAGGUGACUUUUUGUGCAAAAAACAUAUCAGACACAUUUUAAAUUACUUAAAGCAGAGUUUUUUUUAAAUUUGUUGUAAUACAUUUCUGGAGGGGAUCUUUAAGUAAAACAUCACUGAAGGAAACAAAGUGUAUUUACAGCACGUCUCUUUACUGUUCAUUUCUUAAACAGUCCACAUUGCAUCAACAAUAAAAACAUGGCUGCAUUUUUA